AUGUAUCUACAACCACUAGAUGCUGGUAUCAUUAGUGAGGUAGAGAUAGAAAUUACAAAUCAAGAAUCUGAAAAUUUGUCAUCAAGUGAUGAUCCCGAAGCUUCUAACAUAGCUCAGAUCAUGGAAAGGUAUAUUCAAAUAGUCAAUGAGCCUGUUGCGAUGGAAGGAAUGCUCAAUGAUGAAGAAAUAAUUACUAUAGUUCAAGCCGAAGAAAACGAACAAGAACAAGAAAGUGAUGAUGAUGAAGAGCCUCCUCCUCCUUCUGUUACAGCUAAAGAGGUAUAUAACACAAUACAAACUGUUUUACGAUAUAAAAAGCAGACUAAUUCAGAAUCUAACCUCGAGCUUGCUGAAUUGGAAUUUUU